GAAGUAUAUUGAACAGUUUAUAAGAUAAGAUAUUUGCAAAUAGGCUUUGUUUUAGACUUUAAUUAAAAAAAUAUAGAGUAUUGCUCUUCAUUCAACAGAGAAAUUUGCCAUCUAAAAAUCUCAGAAGCAUUACUGUUAAAACGAAAAACUAAGGAAAUCAUAGCAAACAUGUCUCAAGAAAAAUCGUUAUCAAAAUAUAAUUUAAAUAUCGUUGGCGUCUGCACUCCCUAUGGUGUGGUCUUAGCUGUGGAGAGAGACUCAGUCACUCAUACGACUAAUUCGGAAUCAAAAUUUCACGGAAUAUUAGCUAUCAAUGAGAAAAUAAUAGCUGUCGCAAUUGGCACAGAAAGUGAAGUUCCUCCUUUGAUUGAAUAUGCAAUUACUAAGCAUAAUGAUGGUCAGAGUUUAGGUGAAAUAGUAAUCGGUUUAUCAAAUAUAAUGCGAGUUGAGAAAACUAAUGUUGAACUAAUAUUCGCUGGUGUAACAACCGACGAUGUACCAGAGUUAUGGUACUUAACUAAGUUGGGUGAAUACAAUAGAGUUUUCUAUGCCGCUUUUGGAUCAGAGCGAGAUAGAGCUAGAUAUUUCUUAAAUGUGAAGUAUAAGCCCUUGUUAAGUUUACAAGACACAAAACGCUUAUCACUUUUUACGCUGCGUUAUGCUGUGGGACCACGUUUUCAAGCAAAGAAUAUUGACGUAAUAGAAAUUCCAACGACUAAAAUUAAAAUGCCUUCAUGGGGAGAUCUUGUACCUCCAGAAAUGUCAAGUUUAAUACAUCGAUAGUAUGAAAU